GUCAGGCGAUGAAUAAGUACGGCGUGCAGGUCUCGGGUCCUGGGGGGGUGUCGGGCCGUCCCAAGCUGAGCGGCUCUGAGCUGCUGUGCGAGCUGAAGGAGAAGGUGGGGGUCAGCACCCUGACCUCAGACCUGCCCCCCUUCUCCUCGCUGCCCUGGGCCGCCACGCUGCCGCCGGCGCCGCUGACCUCCGACCUCGGGCCCUACCGCCGCUGCGCCGUGGUGUCGUCGGCCGGGUCGCUGCGCAACUCCGGCCUCGGCAAAGAGAUCGACUCCCAUGAUGCCGUGCUGCGCUUCAACGCCGCGCCGACCACCGGCUAUGAGAAGGACGUCGGAUCCAAAACCACGAUCCGCCUCAUCAACUCGCAG